GGAAUCCUACUCACUAGUAAUUUGCAAUCGAUGCCUCACACACUGACCUACAAACACGAAAUAGACUUUCAAUAAUAGGGGUAACAAAAGCUAUUGAUGCCUUCUACUAAGCUCAAUUACAACCGACAUGGAAACAGGAUAUUCAUACUCCAUCCCUUUCCUUCCUGUAGGCUUGGAGAAGGACGCCUUACUUGUAAUUUCUUGAAAGUAAUACUGGGUUAAGAGUAAUUGUAAGAAUUGCUGACUUGCAGUUUUAGAUUUUGGUAGGUGUUGGUCUUAGUUUGCUCAGUAGGAGUGCAACUGUGGUGGGAGUCGUAUCCAAUAUGGAGUAAUUAAAAAGAUAACUUUGGGGAGUUAGGCUGGUUGGAACUACUUAUGUAGAGUCAAAUAGUAAUCUAUAGCAGAAUGGAUAAAUUUUCAAAAUCCCCUCAUUCAUCGCGCUCAAGAGCACCAAUUAAUGAGGCUGGCGUGAAAUGGUGGGAAAUGUACGGCGAUCUAGACAAAGCAAGAGAGUUUUACGUUCAAAACGAAGCUACUUAUUUACCAGUAAACAAUCCGAGUGAAUGUACCGACGACAACAAAUCAUACGAUACUAAAAAUUUAAAAACACAAAGAACAUUAACUUCAGAACUCAAUGAAAACUUUAUUGGUAGAACAAUGAAAAAUGUGAAUCCUAAAGACAAAGUACUAAAAAAAUGGAGGGAAGACCAAACGAAAGCGAGGUACGAACAAGCUAGGAAAGCCGUUAUUAAUUCACUGAAAGAAAAAUUUGGUGACACUCCACAAUAUGGCAAUAUACUUUCUGUGUCUCAUGUUAAUAGGGGUGAUAGUACUAAAACAAUACCGACGAUUAUAAUAACUGGAGACAAUGUCGAAGAAACAUCAAAUUCGAAUGUAAAUCGUGACAAUGCAAGGCAAGGGGAAUUUGUUUCUAAAUCCGAGGGUGGGAAGGUUGAAAUUGCAACUGGAGGUAGUGAGGAUGUCAGUCACGCGAGGAAGCUUCAGAUGGGGCCAGGUGGUGAGCUGGCACAGUGGAGGCUUGCUCCUCGUGGCAGUAGGGCGGCGGGCGCGGAGGGCGGACUACGCGGGCUCACGAGGAUCGACAUGCCGUUGCCGAGCAGGGAAGGUUUGACAACGCCGCGGAGUGCUCGCGCUCCAAUCGGCAGGCGUCCAAGCACGCUACCACAUCAACGCUUGAAAAAGGAGAAGUCCCUGGACAGUCCUCCGGAGAUGGACUCUCCGGUGGGCAGCGUCGGCGGCGACUUGCGGCGGCAGAACGAUGAGCUCCGCGCUCGUCUAGCCGGCGAAGCCGCCGACCAUAAGCGCAGGCUGGAUGCUUAUAGACGAGCGCAGCAGGGACAAGCCGCCUUGGUGUCCAGGUUGCAAGCCAAGGUGCUGCAAUACAAGCAGCGAUGCUCGGAGUUAGAGACGCACAUGUUGGAGACGACUCCCCGCAGCGAGCCGUCGUCGUUCCGCGCGCCGGUGGUGAAGAGCAGCAGCAUAGCGCUGCCUCCGCCGCCUUCCGCGACGACGUGCGCCUCCGCCGCCGUCGCCGCCGCCGACGCCAGGAUCAACGACCUGGAGACCGCGCUCCGUCGUCUCGAUGAGGAGAAACGCAAGUGUGACAAGUUAGUACAGCAGAACAACUUGCUGCGUGACCAGUUGGAGGAGUCGCAUCAGUUGAAUGAAGCCCUCACCUCGGACCUGCAGAAGCUGACCAAUGACUGGGAGGCUCUACGGGAUGAGAUGGCGAUCAAAGAGGAUGAGUGGAAGGAUGAGGAACAGGCAUUCAACGAUUACUACUCAAGUGAACACCAUCGGUUGCUCAGUCUGUGGCGCGAAGUGGUCGGCGUGAAGCGGCACUUCGCGGAACUGCAGACCAACACCGAGCGCGACCUCUACCGCGUCAAGAACGAGUUCGAGUCCAACGGCAGGGAGCUUAUUGGCAUGCUCAGUGGUUAUUCUAUUAACGCCUUUGCUGCUCAGAGCAUUAAGCCCGAGUACCAGGCUCUAUCUCACCAGCCAGGCCACCAGAUGUCGCACAGUGGUUCCCACCAGCUCUCCCACAGCGGUUCUCACCAGUCGUUCCAAGGUCAACAGCCGGGCGGUCUUCAAGGUGGCCUGCAAUCCGGUCAGGCCGGGUCAGGCCCCGCCUACAGUGUUGAGAGCAUGCGUGUAGACCUGCGCGAUAUGACGGCGCAGCGUGAUACAGCGCAGGCUGAACUACGCGAACGUGAUGCGCGGAUACAACGGCUGCUCGGUGAACUGCAGGGAUUGGAGGAGCGCUGUGAGUGCGCGGAGUCUGCGUGCGGCGAGGCGGGCGUGAUGCGCGCGGCGCUGGAGGAGGUCGCGCGCGCGCUCAUACACGACUCCGACGCGGACGCGCCGCCCGCACACGCCUCGCAUAUACAUCUGCAUGAUAGGUCGCCAAAACGCGUGUCUUCGUCAGCUAAUGCAACAGCAUUUGCAGAGAGCACUAUAUCAGCGGUACAAGCAGCGUUGCAUAAGUAUCAGAUACAAAUACAUGAGUUGCAAGUCAAAUUGCAGAAUACACGCGAGCAGUUAAGUACUUGUAGAAAACACGCCGAAACAGCAGAUCUCACUGUUGCAUCUCUAGAGAGUAAGGUCCAAGAUCUACAAGGUAAACUAGAUCAAGCCAACGCAGAUCUUCACCAGCUCUUGCAAGAGAAAGAGUCCAUGCAGAAGACUUUGGAGUCACUCCGGAUCGAUAAGAACAAUCUCGAGAGGAACAGGGUCGAAAUAAAUGCUAUGGUGGAAUCUCUAACAUCAGACUACGAGAAACUUCAGAAGGUGAACUGUAGACUGGAGAAGGUUAUAGAGUCACUUGAGAGUGAGAAACGAAACUUGAAUGCUGAAGUGGACCAUCUGCACCGCGAGGCGGCCAACAGGGAGUCAGUGUUGAGGGCCGAAGAAGAACGUUCUUCGCGCUUACGCUCGGAACUAGUAACAACUAGAGAGGAGCUCAACAAGACUGCUUUAGCGCGGGACUUGCUCGACCAACAGAAGAUAGAAGGAGACAAUAUCCUGUCGCAAAUGGAGAAACAUCGAAGUGACCUUGAAAUAGAGCUAGAACGUACUCUAAUGGAGAGAAGCGAUCUUCAAGAUCUGGUGGAGAAACUAGAAGCUGCUGUGAGGAACCUCGAGGGAGAUAAGAAGAAGUUGCACGAAGAUCUUAAGCAUCUGGAAGACGAAAAGUCCAACCUAUCAAGCCAAUCGUCGGAACAGCUCGGCGACCUGAACUCCUUGCGUAAGGAACUCCUAGCCGCGGAACAGAUGAGAAUGGAACUGGAGGCCGACAAGGCGUCUCUGUGCGAGAAGAUCAAGUUCUUGGAGGGAGAGAGAGAUAAGGUGGAGUUGGAGUUGAGGCAGGUUAUGAGGGAACGUGGCGAACUAAGUUCUCAGCUCACAGCAAUGGUUCGUAAGAAGGACACGCUUAACGAAGAGAUAAUACGUCUGCAACAGCGACUUGAACAGGCCAACGAGACUAUUGGCAGGAUCAAUAGAGCGCUCGAAGAUCACGUGAAGGAUGGGGAAGAGAAACAGAUUCUAAUAGAUUCUCUAGAGAAAGACAAGCACCAUCUCCAAGAGCAAUUAGCUAGCGUUCGGUCCGAGAAGGAUGCUUUAGAAGCGGUGUUGUUCGACACGGCGAACAUGCUUGAAGAUACCGACAACAAGCGGGCCAAGCUGGAGCAUGAACUGCAGGAGACACUGGUGCAGCAGGAGAAUUACAAAGGACAAAUCACUCGUCUAUCCAAAGACCUGGAGAACAGCGAGCGCAAGUUGCGCGACACUCGCAACUCGAUGCAGCAGGCGUCCGGCAAGAAGGAGGCCGAGUACCAGCAGAUCAUCACCAACAUCAACCGCACCACCACCGAGAACAUCACCAAGCUUAAGGAGGAGAAGGAACAACUUCGCCAAGCUCUGGAACACAAGCUAAGCCAGACUAUUGCUUCUCUAACGAGUGAGAAGGAGUCAUGCGAAGCGGCGGCGCGUGAGAGAGAGAAGAAGCUACUCAUAGCGAGAGACCAGCUCAUACUACAGCACGACGAGUCUAUGUUGAGGGCCGAGAAUGAUAAGCAGCAGGCGUUGCUUAUGGCUCAUCAAGAGCAGCAGGCUCUACUCGAACGUCUUGAGGAAGCGAAGCGCGCGUUCGACUGCGAACAGAACAAGUUGGAGCGAGUGAGGCGUGACGCGCAUGCGCGGGCAGAACAGGACCGGACCUUCGUCAACCAGCUGAAGGAUGAGAUAGCCGCGUUGAAGACAAGGCUGGAGGAAGCUAAGGCGACAGCAGAAGACGAAUGCGCUCGCUUCGAGAAUCGCAUUAAGGAGCUUCACCUCGAAAAGGAGGCGGUCAACCGGGAGUGCACUGAGGUUCGCGCACAGCUGUCCCUUGCUGAAGACAAGUAUGAUAAUACUUGUACUCAGCUGCAAGAGACGCUCAGGAAAUUGAAGGAGUUGGACAACGAAGCGGACAGCCUCCGCAAAGAGCUGACGGACGUCCGUCGCCAGCUGACGAACUGCACGGCGGAGCGCGACAAGUACAACAGCACGUGUCGCGAGCUGCGCGACCACGUCAAGCGGGCCGAGCACGAGCGCAGGGAGGCCGCCAGGGCCAGGGACGAGGCAUAUCACAAGAUCGCUGGUUUAGAAGAAAACCGCACAUCUCUAGAUUUGGAACUAUCCCGCGUCCAGACGAUGUUGAAGGAGAGCGAGACCGGCGGCGAGCACGUGACCCGCGAGCUGAAGGCGGCCGAGGGACAGCUGAAGAGGGAGCGGGCCGCGCUCGAACAGGCGCAUCACGAUAUCAAGGAGCUCAACUCUAGGCUGCAAAACGAGUGCGAGGAGCGUGAGCGAUGCGCGGGCGAUGCUGCCGCGGCCCGACGACAUGGCGCUGAACUGGAGGCGCUGCUGGGCGCCGCGCGGGCUGAGCUGCAGGCCUGCCGCCAGCGGGCCGCGGAGCUGGACGAGGCCUGCCGCGCCAGGGACCAGGAGCUGGUGCUUCGUUUGGAAGACUGUCGCUCUAAGGAGCGUCGUCUCGAAGAACUCAAACACAACCUGGAAGUGUGCCUAGCUGACGCCACUCAACAGAUACAAGAACUCAAGGCUCGUCUCGGCGGCAGUGAGGGUCGUUGCCGCGCUCUGGAGGCCUCCCUCUCUCAGUGUGAGAGCGGCAAACGCGAGGCUGAAGCCAAGCUCUCGUCCAUCGCACACGCGCUACGUAGAGUAUGCGGAGUGCAGCCCGACGGUACCGUACAUGCGGCCACUAGGAAGAGACUCGCCAGCCCCGCUAGGCGAUACAGCCCGCAUAGAGGUCGCGAUCAUUCGGAAGAUAGGAAUGAGAUAAUAGAUGUUGAUCCAGAGCUCGUCAAGAAAGGAAUGCGUAACUUGAUGCACGAUGUCUGCCAGAUUGAACGGGAGAAGGACGACUACAAAUCCCAAGUAUCGAUGCUAAAGAAGCAGCUCAAAGACGCCAGUGAGCUGGCAGGCAAGGGCGACAAUAAGCUGCAGUCAGUAAGCGCGAGUCUGCGUAGUGUGCAAGAGGAGAAGGCGAGGCUACAGGCUGCGUACGGGCAGAAAGAGGCCCAGCUUAAUGCACUGAACGAAUCAGUACAAAGUAAGACAGUGGAGAUUAGCAACUUGAGAGACAAGAUCACAAGUCUGGAGGCUACUCUAACAUCGGUUACUGAGGAGAAAGUGCAGAAUGAGAAUAAGGGAGAAAACCUGCGUGUUCAGUUAUCUGAGCGUGUCCAAGAAGUUCAACAGUUACGUGAAGCACUGGCAGCUGCUGAAGGUCGCGCGUCCCGCCUGGACGUGCGGCGCGCGCAGCUGGAGGGCGACGUGCAGCGGGCAGCUGUGGCCGCGCGGGACCGGGACCAGGCGCUCAAGAAACUGCAAGAGCGUUGCGAAGGCUACACUCGCACGAUAGCCCAGCUGGAAGACCGCUGCACGUCCCUCAAGGGCACCGUGGAACAGCUGUCCACGUCCCUGCAGAAGGCGGCCGCCGCCGAGAGCGAGCUCAGGGCCGAACUCGGGAAGGUCACGCGGCAACUCAACGAGGCCAAGAAUAAUGAACAUAAUGCCGUUGACAAGCUUCGGGCGUUACAGAAGAGUGUUUCAAACUGUGAGAACGAAAGGCGGGUUCUAACUGAGAAGUUGGAGAGUGCGAAGGCAGCGUUAGGAGAGAUGAAGAGGAUGAACGCGUCACUAGAAGACCAGGUGCACAGACUUACCAAUCAGCUGGCCAAUGUUGAAGUUCAAAGGUCAGCCUUCGAGUCCCAGCUCCGCAUGACAACCUGGGACGGUAAGGAGAGCGGCUCGGACAGCGAGCUGGAGCGCGAGCUACACGCGCUGCAGCGGGAGCGCGCCGAGCUGCAGGCCAAGUGCGACGUGCUGCAGGACCACGUGCGCCAGCUCGAGGCCGAGCGGCGGCUGCGGCCCGCGCUGCGCAGCCGGAGCCACGAGCGCGGGGACAAGGCCGUCUACUACUCCGAUAUGGACUCCGGACCAGACUCCACAAAGGACUCAUCGAUGCGCGGCUACAAGGACUUGUGUAAAGACUCGGCGAACAUACCGUGCAAGGACAAAGGCUUUACCACCGACUUGAGUUUCUUGGAGCUCGAGAACAGAGAGCUGAGGAUGAAGAUUCGGCGCUUGGAGAAAGAACUGUCCGAUAAAGAAGCUGAACUAGCAAUGGCCCGCACCCGCUACCUAACAGACUUGUCGUCGGUGUCGCCCUCCCGCCGCCAAGACGUGGAACAUUACCGGCAGGCGGCGCUGCAGGCUGAGCGACUGCUCGAGACCAGGGAGUCCAACUACAGGCAGCAGAUCAUGAGACUCGAGAACCAGGCGUCCCAGCUACGCUCCCAGCUGACGGCGGAGAUCCGUCGUCGCCAGGCGUACAUCGCCCGCAGCGGGCGCGCCGCGCGCGACGUGCAGCGGCUGCGCUCUGCACUCGGGGACUCGCUGCGGACUGUCUCACAGGAUCCAGCGCUUGACUCCUAUACCUUGGAGCAUGAAGCAAGGAAAUUAGACAGCACGCUCACGCACAGCCUGCCGCCGCUCAACGAUAGCUACGACUCGUCCAAAUAAACAAAACUUCAGCAACAAGCCAAUAUUUACCAAUAAUGAGCUGCCGACGCUCGAGCAUUGUGUAAAAAACACACAAUAGGAAUACAGAUGGUGUAAUUUAUAACCGGCUGUGUAGUUUCAAGUUUCUAUUAUAACUGCGGCCGCGGUGUGCAAAAUUACUAGAUACAAUCGAUACAAUAGGUGACAAUGUUAUUCCUGUCCUCGAAUUGUUUAUCACCAGUUUUUCGAAUUACGCCAUAUCUUAGUUGUGUUCGAAAAUUUAAAUGUAAGUAAAUUGUUUUGUGACGACUUAUAAGGUACGGCUAUCGAUUCGCGAGGGCGAGUAUUUAUGACGAUUAAAAAGAACACUGGCCUUCGAAUUAUGAAAACAGGCCUCAUUCGUGAUGGACCAAAAUGUUGAAAGUUGUUACGAAAACGUUAAUCAGUAAAAGUACUUAAUACUGAAUACCAUUGUACUUAUCGGUACAGUGUGACGUCAUCACUGCCCAUUCCAUAACGGAUGUAUGAUUAAGUUUUUACUAUUUUUUAGCUCGUCAUGUGAGAUAUAUUCGAGUGUAAUGUGGUCGAGAUGAAUCUGUGGUUGAAUAUUAAAAUUAUUCAAACGACCGAAUUUUUAAGAUUCUUCUAGGUAUUGCACGAACUAUUCACGAAUAAUUAGAAGAAGUAUAUUUGUCAUUUAGCAAUGAUUUGUUUGAUAACACGAAUGAGUCAAUACGUCUUGGCGAUGAUUCAUACCCGAGGUCAGUUCAAAGACCGGAAACAGAGGAAACGCUGUUUUUAACGCCAAUGACUCAGUAAUAAUCUAGUUUAGUAUAAAUUGUAUGAAAAGUGUGCUUUUAAUCUAGUCAAAUGGUUUUUUCUAAAAUGUCUUGAAUCCCACGGGAAUGGUAAUAGGUUGACACGACAUACCAAUGUCAAAGUAUGAUUGUCAAUUAAAAAAUGGUCGUUAAUUUAAUUGGUUUAUUAUGACCUAACGAUGUGCCUAUAAAGAAAAAUGUAUGUCAACAUGUUGCUAAUUAAUUAUAACUUGAAUAUCCUUAGUACAAACUAAUAAUUGUAAUUACAUUAUUAGACAACUUUUUAAGCUGUGUUGAUAUUGUUUCUUUAUAACUUGGACAUCUCUAGUCACUUAAAUUAAAAAAAAAACUAAUUUAUGAUUUUUUAUAAAGUUUGUAUUUAGUUUUUUUUUCUUUGUAUCAGUAAUUAUUUUUGGCAAUGAAAUGCGUUAUUCGUUUUAGUUUAAAAUUACUAUGUGCUCAUGUGUUUAGAAAAAAGAUAAUGUGAAGAUUUCUCAGUUUCAUGUCUAUUGUGUGAUUAUGCAAAUUUUAUAUUUAAUAUAAGUACCUAUUAUAGUCACCUGGACUAGUCAUGAUAGGAUUAAUUAAGACUAACGGCAAAUGGUUCCGUCCUAGUAGAAUAAUCAAUAAAUUAUAUUAAUUAAAAUCUGUAAUGUGUAACAAAUGUAUCGGCACUUAGGUACGUAUUAUAAUAUCACGUUUUCCGCCUCGAUGACUUAUGAACAUUGUUUAAUAAUGGUCACGUAAUUACGAUAUUUAUUUCAACAUACGUAGUUACUUAUCUUAGGAAAAUAAGUGGAUUUCCCGAAACCUCCAAAGUUGAAUUGAAACUGUAAUAUUGUUACAAGCCAUUGUAAUAUAACAUGUUUUAUAAUAAACACACAGUUUAUGAAAUACGUGUAAGUUUCACUUCACGCUUUAUCGUAAAGGGGGCGAGGCAGUUUAGCUAUCACUAUUUUUUAUUAAACAUGAAUAAACUCGGAUAGCUGUUAUCAGAGUAAUUUUGUGAGCAUUUAUCAUAAAGCAAAUUGAGCUGAUAGGUGUACUUGCAAUGAUUGGCUUAAAUAAGUAUAUAGUUAGUAAAAGGACAGUAACAAUAGUUCUCGCUAACAUUUGACCCCGUUUCGAUAAGCGCAGCCGACAGGCUCCUGUUGCCUGAUAAAAAUGGUCCUACACCAUUUCAUUGUCCUAUCUUUCGCCAGCUAUCGGCCGCCACUGUAGACAACCCUAUUGUAUGUAGAUUCACACUCCCACAUGCUUGUAACUUCCAGUUUGCGACUUUGCUGUAUUUACUAUUAAGACAUUACUUUGUUCGUCGCACGCGCCCCAUAGUGAGCUCGAUCUAUGAACGAGACCUUGUUUCACAUCAUGGGGUGUGUCAAUAGGAAACUAAAGCAACUGUAACCCAACACUUGUUUUGCAUCAUAGAUUAGAUUGCUUAGUUAUCGAGUUCAUACGUAGAUAUUAAGUUAGGCGUAUUGUGUUCAAUUCCACUGGACUGUGUCAAUUCUUAUGUUACUAGAAUGUCGACAUACGCCCGCCACGUCACACUGCCAUACAUUAUUUUUUAUCAAGUUUGUAUCCUGUUUAGUUUUAGAAUUAAGUGUAGACACAUUUAUGUAACUUUUUUUACACUCAUCAAGUCAAUAAAAUAGUUGUAGAUGGUA